AAGUACACACGUACUAAUAGUUAUUGUGUCUACGUGUCAUACACGCAUUAAAAUCACAGUCAUGUAUACACGAAUUAAAAUCAGUCACAUUAUUAUAAUACUUUACUUAUGCGGUUGCUGUCAUAAUCAAAGGGAAAAGCCGGGUCUGCUUUGGGACGAACCUUGGCAUAACCGACUUAUGGCUAUACAGUUAGUUAACAUGACUAUAAAUAUGUGUAAAGAUGCAAAGUGGAAAGUGCGAAUAACAGAGGGAGUCCAAGAAUCAUAUAAACAUACUUUGUCAUAUGAGAUAGGUCUGCUUACUUCCGGGAUAGUAGAUAAGUUCGCGCAUAUGCUAAGAGUAUAUCGUUACUAUUCAAAUCCUAAAGAUUAUAAAAAGAGUAAACAUUCGAUCACUGAAAUCAUGAAUGGUUAUGCAGUUAUUCAGAGCGACUUUAAUCAAUUAGCCAUUGAAAGAAAUCUCUAUCUAGAAGUUAUACAAAAAGAGAAGGAACGACAGGAGCAGGAAGACAAAGAAAUAGCUGAAUACGCUGCCCAAAACCCAGGAAUGCCAGAAAAAGCCAUCAAAGACGCCAGAGCUAAAGGUAUCAAACGUCCACCAAAAGAUAGCAGAAGAAGCAUGAAUUCUACCACAGAUACUGAAUCUGAAGAAAAAACUACGAAUGUCACAGCUGUCAAUGUCAAUGUCAAGCUGUCAAAACAGAAAAAAGGUUGGUCUAAGAAGAAUAUAAGUAAAGAGCCGGAAUAUAAGAAGAAGUUGAGACGCAUUAUGUUUGAAGAGAGAUGGAGUGGCUAUGACCCGGAUAUAGAAGGCGAUGACGUGCCAAAAUCUUUACUUAAGCGUGGUUUGAGGAAUAAUAGCCAUGCCAGAAAUUUUCUUAUGAAAGAUUUGAAGGGGAUUCUUUUGGACUAAUUUCUGAGGCUCUAAUAUAGAAUACAAUUAGUCUUUAACACUCCCAAAUGAAAUAAAAUAACAGUACAGUUGUAUAAUACCAGAGAAUCCGGGAAAAUAGCUUGUAUUCCUAAUACAUACUAUAAAAAUUCAUGAAAAUCUGUUCAGCAAUUUUUGCGAAAGAGUAACAAAUAUACAUUUCCUUUAGUACAUGAUAUUCUUUUUGGGAACUUAUAAGUGUAGCCACAAAAUUAUUUAUUGGACACAUGAUUAAACUUCUAAUUUUAUAACUAAGCAACAGGGAAAUGACAUAGCCUCUAAUAAACUAAUUCGUCUUUUUUACAACGCCAUCUACUAGAAAGCUUCAAUAAA